CUGGGACAUCUGAGCUGUUGGGCUUUUGGGGAGCCCCUUGCCCCUCUCACCUGUGCCCCGUGUUCCUCCUGUCCCUCUCCAGAGUAGCCAGCAUGCUGCGCUUCCUGGUGCCCCGGCUGCUCUGCCUCCGCGGCACAGCCUCCCCAGCCUCCUCUGCCACAGCCCUCCCAAGCCCCAGCCUGAGCCCAGACAUCUGCUACAGCCAGCUGUUCAUCAGCAGUGAGUGGCUGGAUGCAGUCAGCAAGAAGACCUUCCCGACAGUCAGCCCCACCACAGGAGAGGUCACUGGCCGUGUAGCUGAGGGGGACCGGGCUGCUCUCACAGAGGCCUUCUGCCUGGGGUCUUCAUGGCGCCGGGUGGAGGCCUCGGAGCGGGGGCUGCUGAACCGCCUAGCUGACCUAGUGGAGCAGGAUCGUGUCUACUUGGCCUCGCUGGAGACCUUGGACAAUGGAAAGUCUUUCCAAGAGUCUUAUGUCUGGGACCUGGAUGAGGCCAUCAAGGUGUACCGGUACUUUGCUGGCUGGGCUGACAAGUGGCACGGCAAGACCAUCCCCAUGGAUGGUGAGCACUUCUGCUUCACCCGGCACGAGCCUGUUGGCAUCUGUGGCCAGAUAAUCCCGUGGAACUUCCCCUUGGUCAUGCAGAGCUGGAAGCUGGCCCCAGCACUUGCCACAGGCAACGCUGUGGUCGUGAAGGUUGCGGAGCAGACACCCCUCUCUGCCCUGUAUUUGGCCUCUCUCAUCAAAGACGCGGGCUUUCCCCCUGGGGUGGUGAACAUCAUCACUGGCUAUGGCCCAAUAGCAGGAGCGGCCAUUGCCCAGCACACGGAUAUCGACAAAGUUGCCUUCACCGGCUCCACCAAGGUGGGCCACCUGAUCCAGAAGGCGGCCAGCGAUUCCAACCUCAAAAGAGUCACCCUGGAGCUGGGUGGGAAGAGCCCCAGCAUCGUGUUGGCCGAUGCCAAUGUGGACCACGCUAUGGAACAAUGCCAUGGAGCCCUCUUCUUCAACAUGGGCCAGUGCUGCUGUGCAGGUUCCCAGACCUUCGUUGAAGAAUCCGUCUAUGAUGAGUUUGUUGAGAGAACCGUGGAGAAAGCUAAGCAGAGGAGAGUUGGGAACCCCUUUGAACUGGACACCGAGCAGGAGCCCCAGGUGGACAAGGAGCAGUUUGAACGAAUCCUGGGGUACAUCCAGAUUGGCCAGAAGGAGGGGGCAAAACUUCUCUGUGGUGGGGAGCGUUUCGGGGAGCGUGGUUUCUUCAUCAAGCCCACAGUCUUUGGUGGUGUGCAGGAGGACAUGAGGAUCGCCAAGGAGGAGAUCUUCGGGCCUGUGCAGCUGUUCAAGUUCAAGAAGAUUGAGGAGGUGAUUGAGAGAGCCAACAACACCAGGUAUGGCUUGGCUGCCGCUGUGUUCACCCAGGACCUGGACAAGGCCACGUACUUCACACAGGCACUCCAAGCUGGGACGGUGUGGGUAAACACCUACAAUGUGGUCACCUGCCGCACGCCGUUCGGAGGGUUUAAGGAAUCUGGCAAUGGGAGGGAGCUGGGGGAGGAUGGGCUUAAGGCCUACACGGAGGUGAAGACAGUCACCCUCAAGGUCCCUCAGAAGAACUCAUAAGAACAGCCACCAUGGAGACCCCACUCCAGUCCAAUGAUUCCAUAACCAGUGGUUGCCAAACAUUUUUUUAGCCAUGGACCUGGACCCCCUUUAUUUGUUCCAGAUGAACUCUUAGAGGGAACCUCACCAAAUAGAGCAAUUAAAAUGAGAGUUACAGCAGGAUGGGGGCUGGACUCAGGGUCCUAUCCACCUACGCCCAGCCCCAGCCCCCUUGGUGGCCCUGAGUAAUUUUCAUGAAACCUUAGGAGUCCCUGGAAGGUAGAUUAAAAACCACUGAUUUGGACAAUGACUUCUAGUUCUUCCUGCUGAUCCAAGGACUUCGUGAUGGAUUAAUGGAUGUCUUGGUGGAUGGACUCACCUUGGACCAUGGGAUUGGAAGGCAUUGGGAGUUUCAAACUAGGCCCCAUAAUCUUGGCCCAAUCUUAUUGACUUACCCUAAAAAUCAAGGGUGCUUUUCCUUUUCUAAGUGCCAGUUGCUGGGUGGUUUCCUUGCUUGCCCUUCAUUUUGCUACUGAUUUUCUUAAUUUGAGGGAAGGGGUGGGCAAAGAAUGCAUUUAUAUAACCAUUCCUUUAAAAUAAGUUCAGACAGCCAAAAUGUCCAUCAACUCAUGAGUGGAUAAACAAAAUGUUUCCAUGGAAUAUUUCUUGUACUGUUCAGCCAUAAAAAGGAUUGCAGUACUGACACGUGCUACAACAUGGGUGAACCUUGAAACCAUUAUGCUAAGUGAAGGAAGCCAGACAUACAAGACCACAUAUUGUAUGAUUCCGUUUAUAUGAAUAUACAGAAUAGGCAAAUCCGUAGAGACAGAAAGUAGAUUAGUAGUUGA